AUGGCAGAGACCAACUCAGCCGAGCUCGAGGAAAUAAGUGGCUGCUCGGAUCAACAAACAGUAGCUACCCUGGCUGAGAUAUGCCUCAGCACUUUUCAAGAAGGCCUUAAUUUAUCAAAUUCUCAUCACCCACGCUACCUAGCGUUAAUCGAGGAUCAGCUGGCAAGGUUCUCAAUAUGGACAUCCGGGAAUGGGGUCUUUGCUAAAGCGCGGGCUUCCAUGGACCAUCGUCUAAGAGAGGCACCAGACGUACGACUGGCUAUUUGCAGUCUACUGGAGGCUCUAGAAGACAGUCUUCAGGCCUCUAGAAAUCUACACGAGAACUCCAUUGCCUUGGAUGGAGAAAACGACGAUUUCAAGUUAGAUGUUCAGGCCGUGGCGAAGGAAAUAAGUUUGUUAUAUCGCCUCACAAACACAAUCAGACGAGCCAGUAAAGAGAGGCAGAAUGUCAAAGCAGCAGAAUCGUACCGCAUUAGAGAUGAUGAGGGAAACGACAUAGAACCCCUUCUGAAAGAAUUGUACUCUCACUACAUCCUGGGAAAAUUCCCCAGCAUCGAAAACAAACUCCGGUCACGUCUUGCAACUUCGAUGGUAUUACGAAGGAAGAUGGUCCUAUACAGGAGAGCUCGUUAUGGUACCAAUCCCAUCAGGGCCGACAAGAACGUCUCACAACCAAAGAUCAAUUUUCCGCAAGCCCGUACCCAGGCUCCUAAUGCAGAUGAGCCAUCGGAGGAGCUGACAGAAGGCAUCGAAGCUGUAGGCACCACUGCACCUAAGAGCUCUAUACAGUCCCAAACACUAAGCGCGACAACACUAGUAGUUGAGGACUAUAAGAAAACAACAACACCGUCUGUCAUAUCUGCUACUAAGACAGUUGCUCUAGCGAAUCACGAGGAGCUUGUAUUCCCCCCUAUACCAAAUGGACGAGUCAAGCAAAGAUACAAGAAACUAAAACACUUACGUUGGCAAGGAUUUAAAGAGAGAAUGAUACCAGAGCUUAGGCGCCAAGAAUUAAGACUUGGAAUCGACGAAACAUUCACAUCGACUAGUCGAGCUGUUCAGAGAACAGUGAUCCUAAAUAACUUACGCUCCUGCUUAGAUUCCGCUCUAGAAGGCUCGCCGUCACCUCGGUGGCAGAAAUGGGUACUCAAGCUCACCAAGAUCUUUCUUGAAACGAAUGAGACUCACAUAGAUGAACCGGAAUGGCUAAUGAGUGACCUGCCUGAAUUACUUUCCCGGGAGAUAGAAACUAUCUACAAUGUCCUGUACUCGGAUUGGAUUGGAUGUAAUGAGGCCAUAGGAGAGUUGACCUGCCCUUAUUGUCUUUACGCUAUUCCAAGCCUGUCCGUGGCUGACGAUAAGAAAUGGAAAGCUCAUGUCACGAAUGAUCUCGACGCCUACGUGUGUUUGUUUGAUGAAUGUCACAAUGCCGACAAACUCUUCUCCCAUAGCAGCGACUGGCUCCGUCAUAUGCGCGAACAUACACUGAGGUGGAACUGCAAUUCCAAGGCGCACCACCCAAUGAGCUUUCUUACGGAGGAUCAGUACCUGGACCAUGUCAGACAAGAUCACCCGCGGUCUUUGACAGAACCCCAGCUUCGCGCUCUCUCGCAGCGGAACGCUCGACCAAUUGUUCCAAUGUUUGACCUUUGUCCAAUUUGUGGGACUGAUGAGGUUACAGAAAACUUGGAGGAUCACAUUGUAGGUCACUUGAGGUCCCUUGCACUAAGAUCUCUCCCACCACACGAAGAAGAUGGAUCUGGAAGCUCAGGCGGUGAGUCAGGCUCCGCAUCUACGUCCGCGCCGGCAAGCAGAAGUACUAUCAGAAAGGAUCCUGAGAGACAUAUCAGUGUCGUGUUUGAGGCCUGUGGAGAUAUCUCAAGUUGGAGUUUGACAGACACCGAGAAAAUCACACCAAACGUUUACGAACCAUGGGGAGGCUAUAAGGCCUACAUCGAAUCGCGUUACUCCAGCUCUCUAAAGAUGGGAGCCGACCCAACCGAGAAAUUUCCUCAUCUCGCUGUUAUGUAUCGCGAGGAAGAUGAGGAUCGGUUUCUAUGGCACAACGACCCAUCGAGGUAUUUCGUUGAGGACAAGAUAUUUGAGCAAAUACCUAUCAAGUUUCGUCGGGUUUUUGAGUGGGGGUUUAUCACUCGCCAGACUGAUGAACCAACUGAGGCUCUGCAACACGACCACAUCAUACGCAGCUUUGUUAAUCACAGCCCUCAGACCCAAUCCACCCAGAGUGAUCGCGAGAAGGCAUAUCCAUUAGAAUCAAAAGCUGCGCAAAACAUUAAAGAAUUUGAAAGGAUGUUUGGAUACAACACAGCCCAAAAGACCAUAUCCGAAGUUGGCAAAGGAGAAGACAAUGGGGAAAAUUCGCAGAGGACGAAACUAACAUCUUCAGGGAACGGGCAAGGAGAUAUGCGAACCCUUGGUCCAGAUUCACUCGAAGAAUCCAGAGUUUCCUCGCCUCAUGAUCCCCGACAGGAACAGCAUCCAAAUCCCCUUUCUCAAGUAUCACCGGAAGAAACGGCGACAGAAUCCACGUCUCAGGACCCUACAUCAAUCCUAAAAUCUAUCCGCACCACCAAAACUGUGCGAUUUGUUGAUUCUGUUUCCAUUAUCGAGGGACCCCGUGCGAGUCCGCAAUUCGAGCUUACUACUAUAGCUGAGAGAGUGGCACGGGCCCUCAAAGGCUCGGGUGCAGUAGAUACACGCGCUCUCAUCCAGGACCUAGCCUUUCUCACUCACGAGCAAAUAAUGUCGCUUCGAACAGAGUAUAAAAUACUCGUCAAAACAGGCUUUCUACGCAAGGGCGUUAAUGUCGCCAAGCACAUUCGCGCGCGCCUUAAAGAUGAGUCUCCAAAUCUAAUGGAAGCCUGCUACGCGGUUGCUUUGGGCAAGUGGGAAAGCGAGGCAUAUUGGUGUAAUUUCUGGUAUCAUAGCGAUAAAGUUCGCCACGAGCUGCUGAUUGAGUCACUGAUGGGUCGCACCAAUGAGGAGAUUCGUUGCAUCAAGCUUGGAUUCUUGGACAAAAAAUAUGACAACAGCCUCCAAAAGUGUCUGAACUCUGAACUCGAGGAAAAUAAGUUUAAGAAGUCAGUGUUUCUUGCUCUUGAAGAGCGGCAGAUGGAAGAGUUCGACUCAAGCGGACAAGCACUUCCUGUUGACAAGGAAAGAGCUGCGAAAGACGUUGAGGAUCUUCGAAGGGCCGUUAAAUCCGAGACGGGCGGCGAGUCAAAAUUGAUUGAGAUCUUGGUGCAAGGGAGUGCUACCUAUCUUCGAGAGCUACUUGAUCUCUACCAGAAUCAGUAUAAUUCAAAUCUUGCUCGAGAGAUACUACAAAAAUGCCAGAACCUAGUUGGGGAAAUUCUUGUGCAUAUUCUCACCGGUGUUAUCAACCGUCCUGGUCGUGACGCUAUGCUUCUACACAGUGCGAUAACAAAACAAAGAAUGGACGAUCUGCACUCUCAGCUGCUCACAUCACGCCUUGUCCGCUAUCACUGGAACAGGGAGCAUAUGGGCGCUGUUUCGGCUGCGUACGGCUCUCGCUAUGGAACCAGCCUUGAGGAGGCUGUAAGAGAAGUUACACGUGGGGUUUGGGGCGACUUCUGCGUAAAACUUUGCACUGCACACUUGGAGGGGGGGUAA